AUGUAUAGACAAAAAAACAGCUGGAGUUUGAGCUUAAAAUACCCGCUCUCCAAAGAAGAGGCCCAAGUCCACACGACGUUGAUCUCAGGGCUGCUAAGAAGGAAGAGCAGCAGCAGCAUCGCGGGAGAAGCCAGCCAGCCCGGGAUGCUGCUGCCUCGGGGCCUCCUGCUGCUGCUGCUCUUGGGGGCCACAGCCACAGCUGCCCUGCCCCUGGAGGGUGGCCCCACUGGCCAAGACAGCAGGCAUAUGCAGGAAGCGGCAGAAACAAAGAAAAGCAGCCUUUUGACUUUCCUUGCUUGGUGGUAUGAGUGGACCUCCCAGGCCAGUGGCGGGCCCCUGACAGGAGGGGAAGCCUGGGAGGUGUCCAAACGGCAGGAAGGCCGGCCCCUGCAGCAGUCCACUCGCCGAGAUAAAACGCCCUGCAAGAAUUUCUUCUGGAAGACCUUCUCCUCCUGCAAAUAAAACUCCACCCAUUACUCGUGGAAAACGUGUAAUG